GAUCGGUUGGCUGCGGGGCUAAGGGUCCGACUCUGUCAACCAGCGCCAAUGUAAACACAGCAAUUCCUCCCCAAUUAGAAACGCUAAAUGCAUUGGACUCGCUGCAAUACCGGGGCUGAUCUGUGCAAUUAAUGCAGCCUUAGUCUCCACUGGCUGCUUUGGAUGGCUGGAUGGUGGAGAUGUAUACAGUUUCAGUUCAAGGCCAGUCAGUGGAAGUCUGAUUAAGCAGGUUGGACUCAUCAUGGAAGUAUAAACAUGAGGUUGGAUGGGCGCUUGGUUGCUGGGGUGUUCUUUGGGUCAGCCGUGCCGGGUAGCACCACCAAGAUAUUUGUGUGGUGGGGAGGUCAAUCAGAGGGGGCGAUAUGGGGAAGAGGAGGAUGCAAUUCAACUGUGCAGACUCUUAGGAUUGUGUACAGAGUAUGUGCUUGUUACAAUGACUACAGCUACAAGCCACGGCUGUACUGUGACAAUUAGUAGAAAUCAAUUAGUUGCAAAUCUCAGAUAAAAGUUUCAUGAAAUACGAACACACUGUUUUUAAGUGUCAAAGUUACAUCUCUAAGCUGUUCUGAAAUUAGUGCUUCACGUAGAUCUACAACACAUAUACAAUAUUUAAUGUUGCUUUUAUUUUAUUUUAUUUUAUUUUAUUUUAUUUUAUUUUAUUUUAUUGUCACGUGAGUCUGACACAAGGCAACAAACAACUCUAUCUGGCUCUGCAGCAAAACAUGCAAGACAGGGAUAGAAGAUCAUUGUUCUGGUUUUCUUUUGUCCAGCAGCCAUUGUGCAUUGUGUGUUCUUGAGGUGUUGGUUUCCACUAUCUGCUCGGGGCACUGUACUCUCUCAAAGAUAGUUUGCUAACAGAGCUUUCACUCCAUUGCCUCUAAUGAAAAUCCAUACUAAACAUUUAGCUCUGUGUGAGAAAGGGGGGAAAUUCAAUAAGACACAUAACACAAUUUAUAAAUUACAGGAAGAACCAAUCGAACCAACAGGCAAAACGGAGAAAUGUUUCUCUAUUUAUAUUUGUUAAUUUUGCUGCAUUUUGGGAACCUCGUGCAGCGGUUUGUGUGUGGUGAGUGUAAAAACUUUGGAAUCUAUUUUUCUCGGCCAAAAUGAAGUCCAGUGCUGUGUUAUUACCCAGUUUUCCCCUCCACACAGAUGAUCAGUUAUGCCGCCAGAGAUGUCUCCACUGAGGUAUUCCCCAAACUAAUGGUCGCUCUUGGAGAGCGCCAUCGAUAGUAAACUAAUCUGCAGCCUGCAAGGCACAGGAAACAGAUCUCAUUAGCACUCACUGAACUAUCUUCCAAGGAAACUUUCAUCUUUAGACCACUCUGACAACAGGCCUGAAAGCCAGACUAAUGUCACUUACUAGUUCUGGAUUUAAUAGCUAACAGAAAAUGUCUAAUAGAUGGAUGAGCAUAGGGUUUGGAAAAGAGUGAAGUGAACUUUGGGAGGUAUUUUUAUGUGUACAAGGUGUAAGGUGCAGUAUUAAAAAUUGUAAUUAGUACUGUAAGUAAUUUUAUAAAAAAAUAUUCUAAUGUAUUAAAAAAGGGCGUAUGUUAAUUGUUUCAUUAUUGCUUGAAAUAACUAGUUGUUCUGUUUCUCUGCUUUUUUAUCAUCUGAUUAUAUUUUCCUCUGAAAUUGUAUUUAUCCUUUCUUUCAAACUGAUAAAAAACUAUAUUUUUAUUUAUUUAUUUUUCUUUUUUAUUAAAAAAAUGGCUAUUGUCUGGUUGCUCUCUUUUCCUCUUGCAAUAAGAUAAAACAAGCAAACUGAUAUUUGAGGUGAUGCUUCCACGCUGCGGCCGGAGCUACAAGACACACCGGAAGAGUCUGAAGUUUUAUUCCUUCCACCACCAGAGGGCGACAUCAUAUAACUCGCACAUCCCGCGAGCUUUGCAGAUCUCGUUGUUUGUUUACAACCUCGGGACUUCCGGGCUCUGACUGAAUAGCUUCUUACGUUUAAGCUAACUGGUUAAAUUUAGUUUUCAAGAUGGGAUGUGAUGGCGGUACGAUUCCCAAAAGACACGAGCUGGUGAAAGGUCCCAAAAAAGUCGAGAAGGUUGAUAGAAAUGCAGAGCUGGCCGCCAAGUGGAAGUACUGUGCCUUAAGUCAGGAGAAACUCAGACGACCCAUCGUUUCUUGUGAACUGGGAAGGUUGUAUAAUAAGGACGCUAUCAUUGAAUACCUUCUGGAUAAGACGGCUGAGAGACCCAACGCUGAGGCUGUAGCACACAUCCGUGGCAUCAAGGAUAUAAAGGAGCUGAACUUGACCGAUAACCCUGAAUGGGAGGGAGAGAGAAGAAAUACUAAAGGAGACAGAUAUGAGGACAUCCACUGUGGCAUGUUCAUUUGCCCUGUUGUUGGGUUGGAGAUGAAUGGCAAGCACAGGUUCUGUUACCUGCAGAGUUGUGGCUGUGUCUUCUCUGACAGAGCCCUGAAGGAGGUGAAGACGGAAAUCUGCCACAAGUGUGGGGAACCGUUUAAAGACGAGGAUCUUAUUGUGCUCAAUGGCACUAAAGAAGAGGUGGACAAGCUGAAGGAAAGGAUGGAAGAGAAGCGGGCCAAAGCCAAAACCAAGAAAUCAAAGAAGACCAAAGCAGCUGAAGCGGUGUCCACGCCAUCAGAAUCAAAAGAAGACACAAAGUCAGCACCAGGGGAUGUAGCAGGAAGGAGCGCUCUGGAAAAUGGAGGGGAAAGCAGCCAGCCAGCUGUUGCCGGACCCUCUGGAGCCUCCAGCUCCUCUAAAGGCACCAAGCUUUUGACGUCCACCACCACCAAGAGAUCCAUCCAGAAAAUGGAGGAGAAGUCGGAGGCUUUUAAAUCCUUGUUCACCACCCACAGCUCCGCCAAGCGCACCAAGGACCAGACAUCAAACUGGGUCACCCAUACCCCGUAUCACUUCUAGUAAAUGUUCUUCAAAGUAGAGAUGACCAUUUUUUUUUUUUUUUUUUUUCAUUUCUUUUUUAGGUGGCUCCAGAAAUAAUGACCCAUUAAGGACUCAUGAACCUGGUUCUGCAUACCCAACACACACACAUAUUCACACACACAUAUUCUCUAAUAAUGUCACCAUUAGUGCGCGGACUCGUUUCUCAACUUCAGUUCGUCAGUCCCGUCGGUCCCCAGCAGCUCAGUGUUUACACGUUGUUAGCUGCUCCCCAAGCUGUGGGUCCUUGUUUUGUAACCUAAUUCCUCCCUCAUGUAUACCACUGUGUUCUCAGUCACUAGCCUGUAGAGACUUAUUGCUAGGAGGAACGCUAAAAUCUCUGUCUCUCUGCUGUCUCCUGGUGGACGCUGACUUCUUUUAUGUGAAACUUCUGCAUAAACAUAAGUGUUUGGUGAGAGUGUAUAAAGGAUUAAUUCCACUUUUCAGUUGAGGCCAUUUAAAGGGCGAAAGGUCUGAUCCAUAGCCGAUAACUAUUCGUCUAUGAAUGAACGUGUGGUGCAGAUAUUUUUCUUCAUAAGUUCACUAUAUGCUUGUCCCGCUUUACUUUUUUUUUUUUUAGAAUAUAUUUAACAGGUUUAGCAAAGAAAUUUCAAACAUUUUUCAGUCUCUUGUAUUAUUUCUAGAAGACGCUGAGGUUAGCAACACAGCAUCUGGUGUAUUUAUUGAAAUCUGUCUUUGGGUGCACGCUUUUAUUAGUGCACAUCACAAACGGUGGCUUUAAUGUGCGUUUAAAGGAUGAUGAGACAUAUACUUAAAGCUUAAAGCUCAGUGUUUUUAUUAAAGCUUCUAUAUUUCACUUCUUUUUGUGAUAUUUGGACCCUUGUCGUCGAAACUAACUGUAUUUUCAAACUGGCCUCAAAUUUAAUUCUAAUUAAUUCUGAUUUAGAAAAUGCAGUCUUGAAAUUCUCUUCUCAGUGCAUGUAACAAGCUACAAUACAUUAUUAUCAAAUUACACUUUUUCUACAUUUUUCCCUGAUUUUGCUUCAUAGAACGAGUAAAAAUAAACAACUAUGUACCUUCA